UUUUAUUUUCUAUCUCUCAUAAAAACUCGACCCCCACCCACCCCCGCCCCCCCUGCGCUCCCCCCCCCCCCAACCCCCCGGGGGGGCGAAGUACCCUUAAAAGGCACAUGUAACUAUAUACACCUGGGUAUUCACGUUUUGCGAGAGGUAGAAUAUAGAAUAGCAGUUGAACAACAUUUUAGUGAAUCACUAUUCAUGGACAUAUCCUCGAUAAAUCUAAAAACAUAUAUUUCUUUCAAAUAUUGUGAUAUAUAUCUUUUUUAAUCACAAUAUUUACUAGAACGUUAUUGAGAUAAACUCUGUUACUACGACAUCCAAAUAAAUCGUGAUAACAGGUUUUAACGAUUUUGAAUAUUAUUCUGUUUUUGUUUUUUUGAAAAUUCUCAUAGUUAAUCUAUACGGUAUAUAUAUGGUGUGUCAUUUUGCUUUAGUCAUGGUAAAAAAUUUGUUAAAGAACGUUUUCCUCGAUUAGAAGAAUUAUAUCUUGAUGAUAAUAAACUUGUCGAAGAUGAAUUAUUUAUUUAUUUAGCAUGUUUAAAAAAUUUAAAACGUUUACAUUUACAACGAAAUCAAAUUCGAACUAUUCCAUUUUUAAAGGUGCUACAAGGACGCCAGAUUGUGCAAGAAUUUUCUAAAGCAGCUAUCAAACGAAAACAAUUGGCAACACAAAAUAGUAUGACAAAUAUUUUUCAACGACGUCUAAGUGGCACAGGUGAUGAAUUAAUGAAAAGCACAAUUGUGGAAGAAGAUGAAGCAACAAUGAACAUACCAGAAGAAGAAGAAUUAUCGAUAGAAUUACCUGCUUUUCCAGAAUUACAAUAUCUUGAUUUAAGUUCUAAUUUGAUCGAAGAAGAAGAUGAUGUGAUGGCUGUAGCAUCAUGGCCAUGUUUGACAGAAAUGUUACUAACAGAUAAUCCUCUUAUUCGACGAAAUGUUGGUUUACCACCAUUGGUAGAAAGUUUUCUAAUUGAUCGACUUGGAAUCAAAGUUCAUCGUACCGAACCUCCUGUAACGGCGGGAAAACAACUUUACACGAAACCUGUAAAACGACACAGAAAAGUUUCAAGCGUUAUUCCAAAAGUGCCGAAAGUACCUGUAGAUGUAAUGUUAUCAGGAGCUGUUAAACAGUAUAUAGAUUAUGUUAAAGAUGAAAAACAAUCAGAGGAUUUCAAAGAAAAAUUGUCUGCAUUACCAGCGCCACAAACACCUAGUGGUGAACAAUCAUCAGAAGACAUGUUUAAGUCCAAUACAUUCCAGACGGAACAAACACUGACAAAUAAUGAUGAAUGUGAUGGUCAAAAAAGAUUUGAAACAUUUCAUUCACAAUUUAUUCCUAAUGAACGAACUCAAAGUUCGUCAGAACAACAUGAAAAUAUUUUUAUGACACAGUUUGACAAUGAAGAUCUGUUUAUUGCCCAAAAUGAUGAAAAAGGUGUAAAAACAGAACGACUGAAAAGUGUUGAAAAUCAAUUGCCUGUAGAUGAAAGAUUUAAGGGAUAUGAAAUAUUUCUGAAUAUAGACAAUGAAGAAGAAAUUGUUGUUCCUAAAAUUUACUUUUUUCAUGCUGUACGUCCUUCGAUUAAUUUUGUUUUAGAUGUUUUGGGAUGUGUACGGCAACUGAAACAAAUAUUACGUAAUCCACUGAUUGUGCGAGAUAAUGUUCAAAUGCAAAAGAAACAACGAGCAUUCGUUCCAAAAUAUACGAAACAUACAUUACCACCGUUAAAACGAAAUCGUCCACGUGUGGAAGAAAUUAGUCAGUGGUUAGAUAACAUGCGUGAUCGUAAAACAAUUAUUGAACAGCCAUUAGUAGAAAUGUUGAAUGCUGAUAAGAAAAGUCAAAAAGUAGCCACAACAUUAGUAGCAGAAGUUCAAAAACACUAUGAGUCUGUUCGUAGUGCAUCGUUGCGUGCCGUCAAAACUCCUGGUACAAUUCUCGAUGAUGCUUUACAUCGAUUACAACGAUUUGAUACAAAUAUAUCUUCACAAUCCAGAAGUACUCGUUAUCGUCUUACAAGUGCUUAG